CCAUCCAUCCUUGCCGUUUCCAAAAAUUUGGCCUUUCUCAAAGCACAUCUCCGCCCCCCUUCCCCUCUCGCACACACACAGGCAAUGGCCGCCGCUGCCGACUCCUGCUGCUCCUCCGAACCCUAACCCUAGGUCGAGCUUGCCUUCCCAGCCCGCAUCCAUGGCCGCGCUCCUCGUUUUCGUGCUUCUAGCAGUGUUUGGCGGCGCCGCCGCGGGCGACGACGUGUCUGCGCUGCUCGAGUUCAAAAAGGGCAUCUCGGACCUGGGGAAGGACCAGGUGCUGGGAUCCUGGUCGCCGCCGGAGACGACUGAUUCCGGCAGAGGCGGUGAUGGGUGCCCCGCGGCUUGGCGCGGCGUGGUGUGCGACGGCGGCGCGGUGGUCGGCGUCGCGCUCGAUGGGCUCGGCCUCGCAGGGGAGCUCAAGCUGGUCACGCUCGCCAACAUGCGCUCGCUCCAGAACCUCUCCCUUGCGGGAAACGCGUUCUCCGGCCGCUUGCCCCCCGGCAUCGGCUCCCUGUCGUCUCUCCGCCACCUCGACCUCUCCGGUAACCGCUUCUACGGCCCCAUCCCCGGCCGCCUCGCCGACCUUUCCGGCCUCGUGCACCUCAACCUUUCCUACAACAACUUCACCUCGGGCUUCCCCACCGAUGGGAUCCGGCAGCUCCAGAACCUGCGCCGCAUCGACCUCCGCAGCAACUCCUUCUGGGGCAAUGCCGGCGAUCUGCUCGCUGAACUCCGCAACGCCGAGCACAUCGAUCUGAGCGACAACCAGUUCACCGGGUCCGUUGAUUUGGAGCUGGAGAGCUUGUCCAGCAUCGGGAACACGGUGAAGUAUAUGAACCUCAGCCACAACAGGCUGAGUGGCGGUUUCUUCCGGAACGAGACGGUGGGGGCUUUCAAGAACUUGGAGACUCUUGAUUUGAGCAACACUGGGAUUGGUGGGAUGUUGCCAAGGAUCGAUUCAUGGUUCUCACUGGCAGUUUUCAAGGUGGCUGGUAAUGGGCUUUUUGGGAUGAUGCCUGAGACACUAUUGCAUAAUUCAAUGCGGCUCGUCGAGGUUGAUCUUAGCCGGAAUGGCUUCUCAGGACCAGUGCCACUUGUGAACUCUACAACUUUGAAAAUGUUGAAUCUCUCUUCAAAUGUGCUAUCGGGUUCCUUACCAGCCACUGUUGGCAAAUGUAUCUCAGUUGAUCUGAGUGGGAACCUGAUCUCUGGGGAACUAGCUAUUUUGCGUGCUUGGGAUGGUGUAGUGGAGGGUAUUGAUUUGAGUUCAAACAAAUUGGAGGGGAGCUAUCCGAAUGACGCCUCUCAGUUUCAUAACUUAGUUUCCCUGAAGUUACGGAAUAAUUCAUUGUCAGGAUCUGUCCCUUCUGUGUUGGGAACCUAUCAAAAGUUAUCCUUCCUUGAUCUCAGUCUGAAUGCACUUGGGGGACCUGUUUUGCCUAUUUUCAUUCUGUCACCUACUUUGACAGUGUUAAACCUUUCUGGAAACAACUUCUCCGGGACUAUUCCAUUUCAGAAUUCCCAUUCAACAGAAUCAAUUAUGCUAUCUUCUCAGCCUGCUCUCAAGAUUGUCGAUCUGUCCAGUAACUCUUUAUCUGGUCAGUUGCCACCAGAAAUUUCUAACUUGCAAAGACUUGAGUUCCUUACUCUUGCGAUGAAUGAGUUGUCUGGGGAGAUACCAGACGAGAUAAACAAGCUUCAAGGAUUGGAGUAUCUCGAUCUGUCACACAAUCACUUCAGUGGCAGAAUUCCUGAUAUGCCUCAGACUGGUUUGAAGAUGUUCAAUGUAUCUUACAAUGAUCUACGGGGAACUGUUCCCAAAAGUCUUGAAAAGUUCCCCUUAUCUUGCUUUAGACCUGGAAAUGACUUGCUACAUUUCCCAGAUGGUCCGCCUCCUGGAAAUAUUGAUGAUCCUAAAGUUGCACAGAGUCGAGCGGCUCAUGGACAUAAGGGUGGUGUUAGAGUUGCCCUAAUAAUUGGCUGCAUUGGAGGUGUCGUGCUUUUGGUCUUUAUAGCACUUGCAGUCUAUGUGGUUAGGUCCCAAGAGCUUUGCGGAAGAAAUGGAUUUAGACGCCAGAUUACUAUGAGAGAUCUAAAACUGGGGAGAUUAAGCCGUCCAAAUAUGUUCAAGACUCCGAAAGAUAAUGUUAUUCCAACUAAGACGAGCUUCUCGAAUGACCAUCUCUUAACAUCUGCGGCUCGAUCAAUGUCUGCCCAGAAAGAGCUAUUGUCUGAAGCUGCUGUUGAAUAUGGGUAUGCUGAUCCAAAGGAAGUUAUUGAGUCCACAAGUUCUGGUGUGACUGAGGCCUCUGCCGCAGUCUCUGUUCGGGAGUCUUCUCCACGGUCUGGGUUGCCAACAUCACCACAUUUUGUUGAUUCUAGAUUCCAUGAGGAACCUGUCACUUUUGAGGUGUACUCACCUGACCGGUUGGUUGGAGAAUUGAUAUUCCUAGACAACACUUUAGUUUUCACGGCUGAAGACCUCUCCCGUGCUCCAGCAGAGGUUCUUGGAAGGAGCAGUCAUGGCACAACAUACAAAGCGGCACUACAAAGUGGGCAUGUCUUGACAGUGAAAUGGCUUCGUGUUGGUCUUGUAAAGCAUAAAAAGGAGUUCACUAAGGAGAUAAAAAGGAUUGGCACAAUCAGGCAUCCAAAUAUUAUUUCGUGGAGAGCAUUCUAUUGGGGACCUAAAGAGCAAGAAAGACUAAUUAUUUCUGACUAUGUUGAGGGCGACAGCUUGGCACUAUAUCUUUAUGAGUCAACUCCUAGAAGAUACUCCCGCCUGUCAGUUUGUCAAAGGCUCAAAAUUGCAGUCGAUCUGGCUCGUUGCCUUCAGUUCUUGCACCAUGAGAAGGGCCUGCCUCAUGGCAACCUAAAGCCCACAAAUAUAUUCUUGACUGGUCCUGACCUGUCUCCAAAGCUGGUUGAUUACGGUCUGCAUCGGUUCACAACUCCAAGUGGUAUCGCUGAGCAAAUACUGAAUCUAGGAGCUCUAGGGUACCGAGCCCCAGAACUGGCCAGCACAACUAAGCCUACACCGUCGUUUAAGGCCGACGUGUAUGCGUUCGGUGUGAUCGUUCUGGAGAUGUUGACGCGGAAGAGCGCUGGGGACAUCAUCUCAGGGCAAUCUGGCGCGGUUGAUCUGACAGACUGGGUCCAAAUGUGCAACAGGGAAGGACGGGGAACUGACUGCUUCGAUCGGGACAUCGCGGGCUUGGAGGAAUCUCCGAGGGCGAUGGACGAGCUGCUCGCGAUCUCUCUUAGGUGUAUUCUUCCUGUAAAUGAGAGGCCUAACAUGAAGACGGUCUGCGACGACCUGUGCUCCAUAACAGUGUGAGGUGUUUUAAUUCCCCCCGUUGUACAUGUAACCGACCGACCGAUUUUUCUCGUGCAUCCCAGAUUUUUUUGUUUCUUCUUCUGUGGGUUUUCCAGAGCCCUGUAGCCAGGGUUUGUUUGAUGAUGAUGAGUUUGGUAACUCUUAGUGUAAAGAGAGGAUUUGGAAUCCAUCCACCCAUUGAUUGAUUGAUACUUAGCAUUUGCCA